AUGGCGACCCUUCAAUCCACACCCUCCUCCAAGGCCCCCGACAAGAGCAAGACCUCCCCUCGCAGCGCGCAGCAAUCCCCCGCGGUCAUGGAAGAUGCGACGCUCUCACGAGUGCUGCAAGUCACGCUCACCUACCCCGAGAACAACCAGGCCCUUCCGGUGUACAUGGAGCAACUAGCGGCAGAGAUGCUUUCGGAGGGGCACGAGCUGCUGCUGGCCCGGGGGGAUCUCGAGAGGAUUCUAAUGGACAGAUUGUCCAUGCCGCAGGAGACGCUCCAGAAGGAUGCGCAGGAGACGCCGCUCAAGUAUCUGGUGGAGAGCUACCGGCGAGCGGGGGAUGAGGCGAGGAGGGUCAGGGCGUCCAGGAAUAAGGAGCUGGUCGCGCAGCUGCAGGACACGCUCGCCACCGCUAAGGACCUACUCGUCUCCUACACGGGCCUUAUGCUGCAGCAUCCCGACAUGUUUCCCCAGCCCCGCCCUAGCAGAACCGCCCGCAACACCCUCUCCCUCCUUGACCUCAUCGUCCCCUCAUCCGAAGCCAGCCCCCUAGGGUUUCCUUCUUCCGGGGGGGCCGCCGGCCUGCCCCCAGGGUUUCUCGACCAACUGGUGCAGCGAUUUGAGUCUGAGGGGCUAGAGGAGAUAUUCACCCCUGUCUUCUCAGAGCUCCCGGGGCGGCUUGUCAAUGUGUCCCCCCUCGGCCCAUUCCAAGGCCCGCUCAAAGCGCUCGCCACUCUAGUUGCUUACCCGGCAGUCGCCAAAGUCCUGGUCGCCCAUCCAAAGUGGCUGCCGAAAGUGCCGAACGGGCGGAUGCUGGAGCUGUCGAGCAUCCUCGGGCCGUUCCUGCGGCUGUCCGUCUUCCCGGACGUGUUCAGCGGCGGGAAACCGGACGUCGUCCAGCAGUGCUUCGACGGGGACAUGCUCGAGAUCAACCCGAAGCGGCAGCAGGAGAUGCUCGCGAGCCAGGUCUCGCUGAGGUCGCUCCUGGGCCAGUUGCACGAGGGGCUGCACGAGGUGUUCCUCGCGCUGCUGCGGAAACCGGACACGCGGGAGCGGGCCCUCGAGUACAUCGCGGCGGUCAUCACGGCAAACGAGGGGCGGAGCAAAAUGCAGGCGGACGUGCAGGCGGUGGCGAGCCACAGCUUCUUCCACAACCUGGGGGCGGUGAUGCUGAAGCUGUGCGAGCCGUUCCUGGACCCUGCAUCGAACAAGAAGGACCGGAUCGACCCCGGGUACGUCCUCCAAAACGUGCGCGUCAACUUCAAGGACCUGACGGCGCUCGCAGCGUCGUCGGAAGAAGUCGCCUCGUGGGUCGACAAGCGGAAUUACGCUCGGACGGAGGGGUUCAGGGUGCUGCAGCAAGAACAGGAGCAAGAGGAGCUGCGGCGGCUGUCGGCGCAGGGGGCCACGAGCUCUGCGCCCGCCCAAAACGCCAGGAAUCCGGGCAGUAGGAGGGCGUCGGGGUCGACGCCCCCGUCUCCUGGGGGGGGGCAGGGGUACCACUUCAUUUGCGAGUGCUUCUUUCUGACGGCGCGGGCGCUGAACCUGGGGCUGGCGAAGAUCUUGUCGGAAUACCAUCACUUGACUCAGACGCUUGGGCGCAUGAUGCCGACGUACAAGCGGCUCGCUGCGGCGAAGGAGGCGGGGACGCUGAGCCCCCAGGAGGCAGCGCAGCUGGAGCAGUACAAAAAGGGCGUCACCCAGCGCAUCCAAAUGCAGCUGCUCUUUGAGACGGCCCUUAGCGACGUGUCAUUCAUCCAGUCUGGCAUGAGCUACUACCGCUUGAUGGCCAUGUGGCUGGCGGACCAGGCCGGGGGGCUCCGGGUGCCCCUGCCGGUAACCCCCCCCAUGGAGUUCUCGUCCAUGCCCGAGCAUUUUGUGGAGGACAUGGACGAUCUGCUACUCUACGUUGCGCGGCGGGCGCCUCGAGCAUUCGAAGGCGCAAAUUUGGAGGACCUCACGAGCUUCAUGGUGGUAUUCCUGGGCAGCCCGCUGCACAUGAAGAACCCGUACCUGCGCUCCAAGUUUGUGGAGAUUCUCGCGGACUGGCUGCCCGACCGGUGUCCCACCGGAAGCAUCCGCACCAUCAUGACCGGCCUCUUUGAGGGGCACCCCCUCGCGAUCCAGUCUUUGGUGCCCAACCUGCUGCGCCUGUACGUGGAUAUCGAGUUUACAGGGUCGCACACGCAGUUCUACGACAAGUUCAACAUCCGGCACAACAUCGCAAACAUCCUGGAGUACCUGUGGAAGGUGCCCGCGCACCAGGCGGCGUGGCAGCGCUUUGCGGUGGCGGAGGAAAAGGGCUUCUACCUGCGCUUCAUCAACAUGCUGGCAAACGACGCCAUCUAUCUCCUAGACGAAGCGCUACGAACCAUCCCCGAACUCAAGGAGACCGAAGAGGAUAUGGCCGACACCGAGCGGUGGCAAGCUCAGCCGGCUGAGACGCGGACGGAGCGGGAGGAGAUGUACCAGCGGAACAUCCAGAACGUCAAGUGGGACAUGCAGCUAGCCGGCAAGCACCUGGAGAUGCUGGGCUACACGUCGGCGCUGAUCGUGGCGCCGCUGCUGCUGCCCGAGAUGGUGGAGCGCCUCGCGGCCAUGCUCAACUACUUUUUGCUGCAGCUAACGGGCCCGCAGCGCAAGGUGCUCAAAGUCAAGGACCCCGAGAAGUACGGCUUCAAGCCGCGCGAGCUGCUCGGACAGAUCGUGGACAUCUACGUCAAUAUCUUCCGCGGCGACCGCGACGACGCGUUCGCGUCUGCGGUGGGCGCCGACGAGCGCUCGUACCGCGAGGAGGCGUUUCCGGAGACCGCGGACCUGCUGCGGACGCACAUGCUGCGUCCGGAGCCGACCGUCCGGUCCUUCGCGGAGCUUGGGGAGAAAGUGCGCGGGCUGCGCUCGGAGGCGAUGGACAUCGAGGGCGCGCUGGGUGAAAUUCCGGACGAGUUUCUGGACCCGAUCAUGGGCACGCUGAUGAAGGACCCCGUGAUAUUACCGAGUUCCCAGACCGUGGUGGAUCGGGCGGUUAUUCUGCGGCACCUGCUCAGCGAUCAGAAAGACCCCUUCAACCGGAGCUUCCUUAAGGCCGAGAUGCUGCAGCCCGAUACAGAGCUGAAGGCCAAAAUCGACGCGUUCUUGGCCGAGCAUCGCCAGUAGGAGCGUGUCUUCAGAAUUGUCGUCACCUAGAACGAAUCAUGAGCGGACACGGACAAACGAG